CCCUCUGCCCUGACACUAUGUUAUUGCUUUAGUCCUUUACUUGCAAGUGUCCUCUAGCAGGUACUCUGAGUGCAACAACACAGAUAAUAAACAUUGUUGCAACUCGUCUCUCCAAUCUACUGUUGCAGUGCCUGUACAGAGCCUCAGAUCCCAUGUUGUGCUACUGAGCUGACCACACUGUCCUUCAACAUAAAGCAUGCAAGCAACACUUGACAAGCACACACGAGCAUACUUGCAACAAUGUUCAUGUACAACCACUCCUAUGGUACCACCCUCUCCUCAAUGCUGUACGUGUUCUACUCCUUCAUACAAUCCUUGUUUGACAUCACUCUUGACAGAUUUGCCCUACACACAUUUACAUUCCUCAGUGCUGUCCAUGACACCAUUUUGAAUAAGAACGUCCCAGAGAUACACCUUUACAAUCACACACAACACCUAAGUUCUCUGCGCAUGUGAUGUGCACGUACAGACAUGGCUUUGCUUGCUGCUCAAAUCAGCUUGUUCAACGCUCUGGAUCCCAACCUCAGUGCACCACUUACACUCACUGUAUGCUGUCACAGCACAGCCUCAGCCUCCACAACCUGCUCGACCUCAAUUCACACACACACACAAUUCAACUUGCAGGGACCGAGCGACGACCAAAGCAUGGUGAUGAAGACUACAUCAAACGGCCUGAGAACACAUCCUUCCUCUUCCGUUGCGGAUGCUGUUAGGAAAAGAACAAGGCAAGAGGCAGCUCAUCAUACACUACAAGUACUUUCACUGUAUGGCUGCCCGUUCGGAUAUCCACACACAACGUGCAGUAGCGUGUGCAAAGUGGAGAUGGCAGACUUUGGUGAUUUUGAGAUGGGUGAUGCAGUGUGCUUGCAAGGACAGGUCAACCACAGAUGCAGUCAUAACCGUUGAGCCUCUCAAUGCCCUCGCUUUUGGGUGGUCCGUCUGGAUCUGGUCAAGGGAUGGGCCUGGCAACCGACACCCGUAAUGCACUCGUUCGCCGCUCGAGUCU